AUGGCGGCUGUUAAGACUCCAAUGUCUAUCAGUGCGCUACUGAAUCCGCAGCAACAGAAUGCAGGUAUCAACACAUCGCAACGUCUCGACCUCCCACUGCGACAAAUGCAACUCGACGACACGAAUAGCAUCCACUACAAACAUGCUGAAAACCGACAUCAAACUUCAAAAAGAAUACACUAUGACAGCAGCGAGGGACACCGAUCACCAACAAUCAUCGACGACAGCAACAAGAUCCAACAGCAAGGCUCAGCGGGAUACCGUUAUGAACGCUUCGACUCCGUUUCCAGCACCUCCUCAACCACAAUAAGUGAACGCCGAAGAGCGCCUCGACCCAAAUACACCGACGAAGAAAUGUACUUCAUUUGGUACCACCGCGUAGACCUCGAUGAAGAAUGGCGAGAUUGCACAGAUGCCUUCAACAAGCAAUUCCCUGGCCAGGGACGCUCCGAACGAAACACGCAGGGCAUCCAAUGCAAAUUCUACCGUUUUAUUAACGCCAAAAAGUGUCCUACGGUACGGGAGCAGCGACGACUGAAGGAUGGAGAGUUUAUGGCUCGAGGCCGAUCGACGCGAGAGAGGCUGUUGCCCAAAUUUGGCGUUGUGGAGUGGUGUCAUGUUUGGUACCCCUGGAUGAGGGCUGAGCAUGCCAUUGCUGGUCUUCAUCCUGGUCCGCCAUUGCAUUCGAUUGAGCCGCUGCAACAUAAUCAGAGCGGUCAAAAAGCUUCGGAUGACAAGCAGAUGAUGAGGACGUAUAGUCAGUCAUCGAUUUCGUCAACAGCGUCGAUUUUGUCAUCAGAAGCGUCGACGCCGGAGCCGUAUACGCCUAGCUCUUAUUCGGACGAUGAAGAGGAGAUGAUGGUUGCUUGA